AUGGAAGGCAAUAACAUCGCUGCGAACGUCGCGGCGGUGGUCGCCGCGUCAGAGCACGCUCUGGUGGCGGCCUCCAAUGCUCCGACCCCCGCGACCGCUCCUCCAGGGUAUCGCCCACUCACAACGGUCGAACUCUUUGUUGUAAUGAACCGCAUGGCCAAAGCCGCCACCGCCUCUGAACGCGAGGCCGCGGAAAAGGCUUACAUAAGGUUCUUACAGUACGACCUCCCCGCCGCACUGCCAGGCGCAGCCAGUGAAGAGGCCAAGGUACCGCCGGGAGCCCCGCCAGGCGUGUCCACGCAAGAGGACACUGCACUGCCGGAGGCGGCCCCGAAGGGAGCAGAGCCACCAGGCGUGGCGUCUCAUGCACCCACUGCCCUGCUGGCUCCCCCCACGGUACAGGCCAGUCAAGAGGCUGCUGACCUGCCAGCAGCAUCUCACGAGGACGUUAUUCCAGAAGCCAACCUGGAAAAAUUAAUCCACGAUGGCGAGGCUAUGGAAGUCUCACUCCCAUCGCGUAAAAGGCCGGCGGAUGACGAUGAGUCGUCCGAAAGCACCCCUUCUUCUGCCCACAGAAUGCCGCAGCAGAAGAAGAAGCAAACCGCGCCUGAAGGCGCCACAGAAGACAUUGAAGCCGCAGAGGAGGAAGAAGAUGAGUUUGUCGUCCCCAAGCGGAAGCACACGGCUCGGGCAAGGAAGCUCGAGCAGGUGCAGCCGCUCCCGACGGCAAACUCGUUCGAGUCCGCCCCAAUCGACACCGAGGCUAUGGAGGAAGCGCCAAGGCCGCCCAAAAGGGUGGCCCCACCACCAAUCAAUGUCCUUUGGAAGGACACCUUUCGAGCCUUCCUAGAAAAAUUCUCUGAGGGUGUGUCCGCACCACCCAAAAUAAAGUCCCUUGGGCGCGAGAUGUUGCGCAUCACACCUGCAAACAUGGACGACUACCGCGCAACCAUGAAGACUGCAAAAAGAGCAAAGAUGAACCGCCGAAAUGCUGCAACUGCAGUGAACAACACGUGGCUAGCUACAGGGGCUGCAACCUAUUUAAAAAGACCAGGCGCCGCGGACGCGGACGUGGAACGUCACGCCCAGUCCAGCAAGGCACCAGCUAUGCCGCAGCCGCAAAAGGCGCGGCCCCAGCCCACCAGGAGCGACAGCAAGCACCCCCAGACGCCACGAACAAGCCGGCUGCCACAAACCAGUCACCAGCAGCCCAGCCAGGCCCCACCCCACCCGCAACAAGCACCAAAGACUGCA